AGGGAGAGGGAGAGAGAGGGGGGAAAUAGAUGCCUCAAGGGAGACAAUACAAAUGAUGUUCGUAAAAACUCGAGGAACAUCAUCAAUGGUUUCAAACACAAAUCUUUUUUCCUAAAUAAAACCCACCCAACUCUACUUUACUUUCACAAACUUCCUUCAGCUACAAUACUCUAUACAUUACGUACAUUUGAUUCCUGAUAUUAGUCACUCUUCUGACAGCAAGAUAGAUCAGAUGUUGGAUCCAGCAAACGACAUGAUGCCUCCACCCUCGUCUCCAUCCAUCUCCUCCGUUUCUUCCUCCGAUCUUGACACCGAGUCUACAGGGUCUUUUUUUCAUGAUAGAAGCACAACUCUGGGGACUCUGAUGGGCGUCAGCUUCCCUUCCAUUGCCUUCAGAGCUUCAUCUCAGCACAGGGAACCCCACGCGUCCGUGUCGGUGUCCGUUUCCACCGUGUCCCGGAAGACCAAGAAGGCCCGGAAGAACAAGAACAAUGCACAGCCGCCUUUUGCGAUGGUGGAGCGUCCGCGGAAAUGGUGGCAGAUUUGCAGGGACAACGAGGCGGUGCCGGCCUCGCUCGGAGAGUUUCUCGAGGUGGAACGGAGGUUCGGUGAUGGCGCGUUCUUCGGUGCUGCUGAGGAACUCGAAGGCGUCGUGGUGGUGCAGCAGCAUCAGAGGAACGGACACAUGUUGUUUGCCGACGGGAGGGUACUUCCACCGGCCGCGGCGGACGUUGAUGAUGGAUCAUCGACGGCUGGGGCUCUUUGUAGAUUCCCGGUUUCACUCACCGGAAUCUGUAGUGGCGGUGUAGUAUAACUUCCAUUUUUCUAUUUUCUGGAGGGAUUCUUAAUUGGAAUUAUUAACGAUUAUAUUC